AUUCUUCGGAGACAAAUCUCGGACGCAGCCUUCGUUUAAUUUCCAAUCCUAUUUGACUCUCUUUCUCCCUCCUUCCUCGAAAAUCAGUUGCGUUAACCCGUUGUAAAUUCCCCUCUAUUCAGGCCUCUUUUGUUUUCUGGACCUCUCUUUUCUAUAAAAUCUGUAUGUACAUAACCCUGUUCAUUUCCUUCGUUUGUACUUCUCGAAUCAGCGCUGGAUCUUUGAAUUGUUCAAAUUUGUUUCUGUAUAGACACAUACCGAAUCCUCUGUCCGUGCUUCUUUUCUGGCAGUGGGUUUUUCAAAACUGUCCCUACAUAGAAAAGAGAGAGUCCUUCGCUCAAAGUUCAUUGGGGCUUCAAGAAAUUGCUUGUGGGUUUCUAGAAAAAAUUAAAUAGUUUGCUGAUUCAUAUAUUUGACUUUAGAUUUUUUAAAAAAUUAUAUUUAUUUGUUUGUUUGGUGCUUCUGAGUUUGGGAUCCGAAACCCAGUAGGCGAAGAUACGAAGAAGAAACAUGACGGUGUCCACUAUCGCUUUAUGCGCCAGCCCACCGAGCAGUGUGUGUUCCACUGCGCAUCCUUGCCAUAUCAACACCCAUGCAUCAUACGAUUUCGAUCUGGGUUCGCGAUCGUCGUCGUCCUCCUCCUCCACGACGGCGUCCCCAUCUCAAAAACCAGGAAUGAGUGGCCUUUCGUGUUUAUUCUCUUCUCCGACGGUGAAGCCCGUUCCCUUGUCGAGCUUUCCUGUCGGCGGAGAGGAAUUGGGUCUCUUAUCUGAAUUAAAGGAAUUGAGCAGCUCAUUCUCCUAUUCACCGAGCAAAUUUGCUGGGUCUUCUUGGAAAAGAGAUCAGAGCCCUGUUUCGGUUUUCCAAGGACCCGUUUCAUGUAGUAGCAGUAGCGUUUCUGGUUCCGCAAGGAGUUCCCCAAUGAGGAUCGGAGGGGAUAGCUCAAUUCGAUGUAGGGACAGUGGAUUGUUAGAUGGCUUGGUGAGAAAUUCAUUGGGUUCAUGCUUGGAUUACAAUUCGCCAACUUUCGAGCUGCGUGGUGGUGAAAUAGAUUUGGGUUCUUCAUCUUCUGUAGCGGAUGAGCUGACCUUCAAUUUGGAGGAUUCUUUUGUGGGGGGAACUUUCGAGCCGUAUGCUAGAGAAUUGCUUUUGGGUGCCCAGUUGAAGCACAAGAUCUUUUGUGAAGAAUUCGUUGUUAAGGCUUUUUGUGAAGCCGAGAAAGCGCACAGAGGGCAGAUGCGAGCUUCUGGUGAUCCAUAUUUGCAGCAUUGUGUCGAAACAGCGGUUCUGCUUGCUUUGAUUGGUGCCAAUUCCACAGUUGUGGCCGCUGGGCUUUUGCACGACUCGCUUGAUGAUUCUUUUCUGACUUACGAUUACAUCUUUGGGCUUUUUGGCGCUGGGGUUGCUGAUUUAGUUGAAGGGGUUUCUAAACUCAGUCACUUGAGCAAGCUUGCACGAGAGAAUAAUACGGCAUGCAAAUCAGUUGAGGCAGAUCGGCUGCAUACCAUGUUCCUUGCCAUGGUUGAUGCAAGGGCUGUCCUCAUCAAAUUGGCAGAUCGAUUACAUAAUAUGAUGACACUAGAUGCAUUGCCAGUGGCCAAACAGCAAAGGUUUGCGAAGGAGACCUUGGAGAUUUUUGCACCUUUGGCCAAUCGAUUGGGAAUAUCUAGUUGGAAGGAGCAAUUGGAGAACUUAUGUUUUAAGCAUCUCAAUCCAGAACAGCAUCAGGAGAUUUCUUCGAAGCUUGUGGAAUCAUUUGAUGAUGCAAUGAUUACUUCUGCUAUAGAGAAAUUAGAGCAAGCACUCAAAGAUGAAGGCAUUUCUUAUCAUGUCCUUUCUGGGCGGCACAAGAGCCUGUAUAGCAUUUAUUGCAAAAUGCUGAAGAAGAAACUAAGCAUGAAUGACAUUCAUGAUAUUUAUGGGCUGCGCUUGAUUGUUGACAAGGAGGAGGACUGUUAUAAAGCCUUGACAGUUGUUCACCGGUUAUGGUCCGAGGUACCUGGAAAGUUCAAGGACUACAUUCGUCGUCCGAAGUUCAAUGGGUAUAAAUCUCUGCAUGCUGUUGUGCUGGGUGAAGGAAAGGUUCCCCUUGAAGUACAAAUCCGGACAAAAGAGAUGCACCUGCAAGCAGAAUUUGGAUUUGCUGCUCAUUGGAGAUACAAGGAAGGUGAUUGCCAGCAUUCUUCAUUUGUGCUUCAGAUGGUUGAGUGGGCUCGAUGGGUUGUCACCUGGCAUUGCGAGACAAUGAACAAAGAUUGUUCAGCUAUUGGAUGUUCUGAUUCAGUCAAGCCACCAUGCAAGUUCCCUUCCCAUGCUGAUGGUUGUCCACAUUCCUACAAACCUCAUUGUGGUCAGGAUGGCCCUGUGUUUAUCAUCUUGAUCGAGAAUGAUAAGAUGUCUGUGCAGGAGUUUCCUGCAAACUCAACGGUGAUGGACUUGCUGGAGAGAGCUGGGCGAGGAAGCUCUAAGUGGACCCCAUACAGAUUUCCACUGAAAGAAGAAUUAAGGCCACGGCUGAAUUAUGAGCCUGUGAACGAUCCCAAGUGUAAGUUGAUUAUGGGAGAUGUGGUGGAGCUUACACCUGCCAUACCUGACAAGUCUCUGACAGAGUAUAGGGAAGAAAUCCAGCGUAUGUAUAAUAGGGGGCUAACUGAACCUGCUUCAACUGGCAUGGUUGGCUCAAGAAGCUGACCUUUGAUCGGUUUUAACAUAACAUAACAAGAUAGCACAGUUAGCGGCACAUUGCACACAUGCGUAUCUGUACAGAGCACCUAUGUUUCUGCUAUGAACUCGCUAACUUCGAUUCAAUGAUCAUGCUCCCGAUGCUUCAUACCAUU